CUAAGAGCUGUUAUGCAACCGCUGACCUACUAACACAUAUCUCUGGAAAGGGAGCCGGAGAAACUGGAGCAAAGUGUCCGGCAGCACACAACACACAGGCAGCCCGAGCCAAGAGACAGAAACAGCACCCAGCCGACUGACUCAACCACAACGGACCCGAGCACCGACAGGAGAAGCACGCGAAAACUUUUUCUUUUUUCCAAAGGCGCAAGGAAAGGAGGAAACGGGAGCGAGACGGCUUUUGUGUCGGGGAAGCCUGAAUCCCUUUUCCCUGCUCCAGGACGCGGAACGUUAGUGGUCAGCAAACAGCAGCACAGCAGCUGGAUCCUCAGGGAGCGCUGAACCACACGGACGGACCUACCUGCAAGACACACGGAGACAUAGUGCAGCAGCUUGACGGGCAUCGCAGCGCUGCUAAAGAUUGAGGAAGACACCGAUAAACUCAAAAUACAACAAGACUACGGAGACUGCUCUGAUGUGAUCGCCAGCGCAGCUGGAAGACUCUUUGCUGAAAAUACAAACUCGUUUCUUUUUUUAAGUUCCUCGUUCAGAACACGAGUUCAAUGUCUGAGGUUUUUGUGGAGUUCUUUUUGAUAUUCUUGGCUAAUAUGGACACUUGAACGUUUUGAUCUAGAAAAAUAAGUCAGAACAAUCAAUGAGGCGAUCCCCUUCAAGGAGCACAAAUACCUCAUCCAGAAGUGUUUGCCGAUCCUACAACUUAGGUCAAACUACUUAAUAACAAAGCAGAAGGCUCUUUACCCUUUGCUAGAGUUACACUCUUGCCCCCAGCUGGGGAAAAAAAUGGAAAGUCUGAGUAUACACAUCCCAUCCACCAGCAACAAAAAUGCCAUGGAGGUCGACAACUUUUCCUCCUACAGUGGCAGCCUCCCAUCCCCGACUCCUGAAGGCGAACCACGGAUCAGCCGCCAGUCGAAAGGCUCCAAGUCAAGCGCGAGCUGCCGUCGCAAGCGAGAGUUUAUUUCCGACGAGAAGAAAGAUGCUUCCUAUUGGGAAAAACGGAGGAAGAACAAUGAAGCAGCCAAGCGCUCAAGGGAAAAGCGUCGCCUCAAUGACAUGGUGCUGGAGAACCGGGUCAUGGCGCUGAAUGAGGAGAAUGUUCGUAUAAAAACGGAGCUCCUCCAGCUCAAGUUGCGCUUUGGCCUCAUCAGCACAGCCUCCUACAUGGAAAAAAGUCAGCAGCUCUCCAACAGUGCUGCUGUUAGUAGCGGGAGCAGCAACGGCACCCCAAACGCCUACCUCUCAAGCAGCGGCUACUCCAGUGCAUCCCAGGUGAUGCUGAAUUCUGACUCGUCUGAAACUGAACAGUCGAGCCGUGGCGAGUGCCACAGCAUGCUCCACCAGUACUCACCCCGGGGCUCCGUCUCUGACCUGUCUGACGCCUCCUCCAGAGACAGCCCAGAGCCCAUGGGCUUCAACAUAAAGACAGAGCCCUCAAGUAUGGAGAUGGCCAGACGGGAAAGCGACGGGGUGUCCAAUGGUAUGCAGAGUGAAGCUUACCAUGGCAGCCACACCGCACUGGUUUCUCCUCACCAGCAGAACGUGCCAUUGGCUGAAAGUGUCAUGGACUACCAGCACCACCAACAGCAGCAGCAGCACCACAUGGAGGCCUCAAGUCCCGCUCCUCAGGCCACCUCUGCACAGAGGAGCGUCAUCUUGUACCGCUCCAGCAGCGGCUGUUACCCCAUGGAGACCCAGAGGCCUGAGGACCAGCAGAGCAGACCACUGCAGCAUGGCCAGCACUCCUCCAAGUUCUCUGACUGCUCAGCGACCAUCACAGAGGUCGCUGAGAAACUGGAGAGGACAAAGACAAUGGACUCACCUGAGUACGAAUACACUAAUGGUCAUGCAGAGGCCACAGAGGAGCUGCAGCAAAGGUACGAUCCCAACGGCCAACAACAGCACGAGAGCCAUCAUGGGCACUACAGCUACCAGAGUCAGGAGAGAAGUCUUCAGCAUGCAGAAAGCCACCAAAACCCCUUUGCCCCAGAUCUGAUCAACAACACUGAGGAGGACAAGUCCUCCUUCCCGCAGCACAACGGCUACCUCAACCCGCUGCAUGAAGACCCCCCCGUGCUCACCUACGAGGGAGGCCCGCGAGCCGGCGGUUUCUUCCAGGAGAUCUCCUCCACUAAAGACACCUCCUCCAGUGAUGGGGACCCUCGUAGCUCUGAUAAGGAGGCCUCCACAGACGACGAGUCCCCCUCCUCAUCCUCCUCAGACAUCAGCAGCUACCAUCAGAAGGCGGCGGGAGCUGCCGGUUCGCAUGGCGAGUUCCAAGCCGAGGUCAAAGGCACUGCCCUGCCCCACAAGCUCCGCCUCAAGUACAGAGCUCUGUCCAAUGGGGCAGCAGGACUUCAGAUGGAGACAACAGUCAACACCUCCAUGUCCCCCUCUCCCACUUUGCCUCAGCACCCUUACUUAGCUCUGCCCAGCAACCCUCACAGCAUCCAGACCAACGGGGAGAGCAAAGAGGUGGAGAAUGAGACCGAGUACGCGGAAGAGGUCGCCGCUCUGAAUGAGAGGGCGGAGGCUAGAAAGGAGGGAGGGAAGAAGGGAUCCAGCAGCAGGGGGGGCGCAACAAGAGGCGAGAUUAAGGACAAAUAGGAGCAUUUUCCUGUCACAUACAAUACAACUGUGACUCACAUCGCCACCUUACAAGACAGACGGUAAACCUGUGGGAGGUGCAGUUAGGAUGCGAUUUCACCAAGUUUCACUGUGUCACCUGUUCCUCUUCCUUUGCUCUCCUCCUACCUCCCACCUGUCCCUCUGAUGAACAUGAUGGAUCACUUAAUGAGGGAGGGGCCAGAAUGAAACUCUGCAUAGCUGGAGUCUGGGAGAUAUUUCCCUUGAGGAAAAUUAAAACGUCAUUUAACUCAUCAUUAUUGUAAACUGCCUUGGUGGCUGGCCAGCGUUCAUAGUGGCAUUAUGAGAACAUUCCUUUGACCAAAGAAUACACAUCCCUCCUGUCGUGUCUCCUUUUUUGCCGUUGGAGUUACAUUCUUCCUUCCUCUGAACACACCUGUACCAUUUCAUCCUCCAUCCUCUUUCUUACCAUCUGCACACACAAGUCCUCUUCACUUCUGAAGCACUUAGAUUGUAUAUUACUGUGACAUAUAAAUUUGCAUAUAAGGAAUAUAUAUUUUAAGAAGAAAAAUGUGGCAAAAAUAAAAAAUAAAAAAGUAAAGCAGUGGAAUGCAGAAGUCAUAGACUUCAAAGUGAUUGGUUUGUUCUUGUAUAGAUGCUCUUUGUCUAGAAAAUGCCUCAACAAUUUUGAACAAAAAGUAUGAUCCACAACUUGAUGCAUCAGUCAGAUCAGGGGCCUCGUUCUGGUGAUCUGAGUUCUUUGACACUCAAAGCUGUCAAAAGGCCAGUUAUUCGCAUAUCAGUCAAGGCGACGCAGUCACACAUUGCUGUUUGCAAAACCUGACAAGCACAAGGCAAGCCUCGCCUGCCAGCAGACACAAAAUCCAUUCAUCUUCAUUUCCAGACAAAUAUUGUCUGUCUAAUACAUAACAUGGCUCUCCAGUCGCAAACCAGCAAAGCUGCUCUCUCUUCAUAAGGUGCCUCUUUAUUGUGUUGUCCCUCGUCCCAACUUGGCCGAUGUCUUAACGGCCCCACUCACCUCUGCACUGAGUUGUUGUAGCUGCAGUAGAUCACACAGUGUGUACAAGUUUAACUGUCUCACGUCCUGGUGCCUGCCUCCGGCCACUAUGUAUAAAUGUAAAGUUGUCUCUUUAUCUCUUGUAUACUGCUGUCAUUAUUUUAUUAAUAUGGCUAUUUUCUAUUAUAUUCGGUUAUUAUUUGGGCUGUUAUUUUGUGCAUUCUUCUGUCAUCCUGUUGUGACAUUCUGCUCUGUGCUGUUCCUGGUUGUGCUGUGUAUUUACCCAUGAAGCCCUUCUGCCCCACUUACCAUUUGUACUCUGUGUUACCGUAUAACCUUUGUUGUUUGCCGAAAGGCUUUCCAAAAUUGAAAAAAAAAAAAUGAAUACGGCUUGUCCGGAAGUGAUUAUGUAUUGUUAUACUUCAUGUGGAUAUGCAAAAUGGUGACAAAACACUGAUUUUUGAUUGUAAAAGAUUCAAAAUGGAGAAAAAAAAAUAAAAGGUUGUUGAAUUUA